GAUAAUCAUGUGACCCGGUGACGUCAGGCUGGGAGAGACAGGAAGUGGGAUGCUGUGGUAGCGCCGGAGCCAGAGACAGAUUUUGAGCAGCCGGACCGACCCCCUAAAGAUGUGGAAAUCUGCCGCUGGACACUCUCUCUCCAUCUCCACAGAUGAGACCGACGACUGGGAGACAGAUCCAGAUUUUGUGAAUGAUAUAAAUGAGAAAGAACAGAGAUGGGGAGCAAAAACCGUGGAGGGGUCUGGACAUCAAGAACACAUUAAUAUCCAUAAACUGCGGGAGAAGGUGUCCCAUGAACAUCAGGAAAUUAAGGAAAAGGAGUUAGAGAUUGGGCCCAAAGCCUCUCAUGGCUACGGUGGGAAGUUUGGUGUGGAAAAGGAUCGCAUGGAUAAGAUGGCUGUCGGCCAUGAAUAUCAGACCAAGCUCUCCAAACACUGCUCGCAGCUGGAUGCCACAAAGGGCUUUGGAGGAAAAUUUGGGGUUCAGACAGACAGAGUGGAUCAGUCUGCUGUGAACUUUGAUUACAAGGGGAAGACGGAAAAACAUGCGUCCCAGAAAGAUUAUGCCACUGGCUUUGGGGGAAAGUAUGGCGUCCAAGCUGAUCGUGUGGAUAAGAGCGCCCACGGCUUUGACUACAAGGCCAAGACUGAAAAGCACGAAUCCCAGAUAGAUUAUACCACUGGCUUUGGAGGGAAGUUUGGUGUACAGGCCGACCGCGUGGAUAAGAGUGCAGUCGGGUAUGAUUACCAGGGGAAAACGGAGAAACACGAGUCGCAGAAAGAUUAUUCAAAGGGUUUCGGUGGUAAAUAUGGCGUUGACAAAGAAAAUGUGGACAAGAGCGCUCUGGGGUUUGACUACCAAGGAAAAACAGAGAAGCAUGAGUCGCAGAAAGACUAUGUGAAAGGGUUUGGAGGCAAGUUUGGUGUGCAGACAGACAGACAGGACGCUUGUGCUCUUGGCUGGGACCACCAGGAAAAGCUUCAGCUGCACGAGUCCCAAAAAGAUUACUCCAAGGGAUUUGGUGGAAAGUAUGGCGUGCAGAAAGAUCGCAUGGAUAAGGCUGCAGCAUCCUUUGAAGAUAUAGAGAAAGUCUCUUCGUCCUACCAGAAGACCCGGCCGGUGGAAGUCGAGGGCAGCAAAGCCAGCAGCAUCAGAGCCAACUUCGAAAACCUGGCCAAAGAUAAAGAGGAGGAGGACAGGAAAAAGGCAGAGGCCGAGCGGGCGCAGAGAAUGGAGCGCGAGAGGCGGGAACAGGAGCAGGCACGGAGGAGGCAGGAGGUUGGUGCCCAAUCAGUACCGAGUCUGUGGAGCCCGGGCCCGACGGCAGCCUCAGCGCCAAUCCUGCCCGAUACAGACUCACCCAUUGUGUUCUCUUUGCAGGAGCAGGAAAGCGCUAAGCCACCCACCCCCCCUGCGUCUCCUAAAGCCCCCAUCAAAGUACCAGAGAGCCCAAUCUAUGAGGAUGCUACCCCUGAGUAUGAGAGUGAGCCGCACAGAGCGCCCCCUGUGGCCGAGCCUGUGUACGCCGAGGAGCCAGACUACCAAGAUGCUGAGAUGCACAAGGAGGCAGCGCAGGAGGCGGUGUAUGAGUCGGCAGAUUACCAGGAAGCUGAGAAUACCUACGAUGAAUACAACGAAGAUGUUGGCAUUACCGCCAUUGCACUGUACGACUAUCAGGCCGCCGGCGACGACGAGAUCUCCUUCGACCCCGAUGACAUUAUCACAAACAUCGAGAUGAUCGAUGACGGCUGGUGGAGAGGUUUCUGCAAGGAGUGUUACGGUCUGUUCCCGGCCAAUUACGUGGAGCUUCGUCAGUAAGGCGCCCAAUGCCGCCAUUAUCGUUAGCCGGGGGGGGAGGUGCAACGCAGCGGCAUUGCCCCAUGAAUGGCUACAUUGCAGGCUCCUCCCCCUGCGCCUCGCGUUGCCAUAACUAAGCUGGAUCCUUACACUACAAAUCAUGAGUUUUUGGAGAGGGUUUAGAUUUUUUUUUUUUUUUUCAAAUAGCUUUUUUUCUGGCUUUUAAGGAGCAGUUUAUUCUGCAGACGGGCAAACGAUUCUUUUAAUGACUAUUAACCCAUUCGCUGCCAGAUGUGCCUCCGCUCCAUUGGACAAAUCUUUUUACAUCUUUUUACAUGGUGCUGUUUCAGCGCCGGGGGGUUUCGGUUCUCUCUCCAUUGUUUCCGCAGCGCCCGACUGAGGCUCCGCCUCUCGUUUCUUUUGUCUCACCUGCAUUCAUUGUAAUCAGUGGGUGGUUCUUCUGUCUCCCCCAUAAUUCUUACCCCCUGGGACACGACCCCCAAAUACACAACAUUCUACAAUUGAGCCGCCUUACUGGGAUGGUCAAGGAGACGCCCCUCGUUACCCCCCAAAUUUAAAUUUAUUUGUCCUGUUUUUUUUGCUCUUAGCUUGGCCUUUACCGUGACCAAAUUAGCAUCAUGCGUAUUUGCCGACAAAAAAACAUACUGUGCGUUCUGCCUUUUUUUAAGCAAACUGAACCGGAUCAGGCUGUGAUUGGCUGACAUGCACUUGUUGUCCCAAGCUCCUCCCCUGAUUUAACAACCCCCCAUCCCUUUGCCCAUUAUACCCAACAGAAACCCGUCAGUAUUAUCAACACGCCAUAUGGUGCUCCUGCUGAGCUUUUAGGGCAGAAGUGACACGCCUGGACUCCUGGUUACUAUGACAACCCGUGCAUCUCCCAUUAGGCUUUUCCUGUUGGCAGGGAACCAUUUCAGAAAGAAGAUUUGGCUCCCCCAAAGGGCUGCCCAAUCACCUACACUGUCCCGUGUCGCCCUACAAAUAUGGCCAUAAGGUCUUGUAAAUUUUUCUUUGCAAUUUACAUUUUCUUCUAGUUUUCAAAAUAUUAGCAGUUUUUUUUAACAGCUUCUAUAAUGAAUUUGGGACAACAGUGCCCCCUGCUGGCCAUUUCAACCAAUCACCAGCAGGUUGUGCUCUUGUUCCACAUUAGAUUUUGGACCAAUGUUUAGGCUGAUACUAAUUGGUGCGGUAGAGGGCGGUGUGCGCCAAGUAGGGGUGAUUUCUUUUUGGGGGGGUGAAAUACAUAAACGUGGGUGGGUUUUUUUAUCCUUAGUUCCUUUUAUCUGUUUUUUGCAUACAGCACUUCAUGUAUGAUUUUGUAAAUGAUGCUUCAAUAAAGUUUUUUUUUCCAACCAUGA